GUGACGCAUGCGUAAUGACGCAACUAACGGUUGUUUGCGUUAGCAACCAGCUCUCGAAGUGAAAUAAACUCGUGUUUAAAUGUAAAAAAAAAUGUUUAACAGUAAUUUUUAAGUAAACUGCUUUGGCAAUAUAAAAAGUAACAUCAGGGAAACUGGCGCGGAGGACAGAAGUUUGAGCUUCGACUGCAUGAUGUCGUCUCUGCUGGACGAGACGGCUGCGGAUGUUCCCGUCAAAGACGUCACUAUCCAGAGACCUCGCCUCUCUCCUGUUGCACGGGAUUUUGCAGGACAUCGGCACGCUUGGGCUCCACAGGAUAUCUCACAUGUGUCCAGGGAGGAGCUGGAAGACCGUUUCCUCCGUCUGCGCGAAGAGACACUGCAGCUCAAACAGCACAUCCACAAACAGGAUGAAAAAAUCAGAAAGCUGAGCACAAAGCUCAUACGUCUUGUGAAAGACCGUGAGCGGCUGCAGCAGCUGGCUGCUGGGAAGGUGCAGCCGCCCAACAGGUUCAGAGACGCUGAAGCAGAGGAAAUGAUAGAGGAGCUCCAGGAGAACGUCAGGGGGCUGCAGGCUGAAAAAGAAGUACUGAAACAGCGCCUCCUGGUGGCCAAAAACCAGGUGAUCAACUCACAGAGGUGGAGGCCAACACCUUAUGGACGUGUGCAGCCACGGGUUGACUCAGGCCUCGCCAAGUUCAGGGACGACGCUUCGUCUGUUUCCCGUGCACGACCCAGAAGUUUGAGGAAUUGGGAGGCAGGAAGGAGGCCUCCAACCGGACAACUGCCUCGAUAUGGACACAGCUUGUUGGAGGAGGCCCGAGCAGAGAUCCGUAACCUGAAGAAUCUGAUCGACUCCCAGCAGGGUCAAAUAAUGGAGCUGGAAGGAGCAUCUGAGGAGCUGAGGGAGGAGCUUAAGAUGAAGGAGGCAGAGUAUGAAGAGCAUCUUCAGCAGAUGCGACAGCAGCACACCUCCUCUUUAAGAACCGAAGUCACCAGCAACGUGUCACUGAUCAAACUGCAGAAGCAGCUGGCUGACCGCUCCAACGUUGUCACCAUGCUGGAAGGUCGAUUUGUGAACUUGCAAGAGGCUCAGCAGACGCUGACCACCUGUCUGAAUGAAACAAUGGUGCAGGUGGAUGAGCUAAAAGCUCAGCUGAAGGAGGAACGACUAAAGAGUCUGGAGCUGGAGAAACGCUUGCAGAGCGCUAACAUCACCACGACCCAGAGGGAGGAGUUACAGGAGAGGAUCCAUGAGCUAGAGCAGGAGAGGGACCUGCUGAAGGAGGAAAACAAGAGACUGCUGCACAGUGCCUUUGAUGUUUCUCAGCAACAAAAAUGGCAGCUCCAGGAGCAGCAGCUGAAGCUGCAAAUCUCUCAGCUGGAGACGGCGCUGAAGGCCGACCUCGUCGACAAAAACGAGAUCCUGGAUAAAAUGAAAGCUGAAAGAGAUAGAAAUGAGCAGCUGGCUGAAGAAAACAGGAGGGUUCACUUACAGAUUCUGGAGCAGAAGCAGCAGAUGGAGGAGCUUAACAGCCGCCUGAAGUUCUGUAGCAGGGAGAACGAGUACAACGAGGCUGAGCUCACUGAAGCCCUCCUGCUCAUCAAGACACGUAAAUCCCAGAAGAGCGGAGACCUGGGAUUCUUGGCUGAGGAGGAGGAAAGCGACAACAAGGAGACCUCCAUCAGAGCGCUUAGGGCCGCCCACGCCGAGACCUUCCAGGAGCUGGAGAAGACGAGAAAACUCCUGAGCAUGGAGAGCCGCAUCUGCGGGGACUACAAGGCGGAGCUGGAAGCUGUUAUGGAGAAGGCUAAAAAAGACAGAGCGGAUUACGAGCAGAAGCUGAAGCAGCAGACUCAGCUGCUGGAUGCCAGAGCUACAAAGAUCCACAAACUCGAAGCUAAGAUCAAAGACGUGGCCUACAGCACCAAGGCUGUCACGACCAGAGCCGAGCCUGCAGAUGCUGGAGAGGCUCCUGAAGCUUCUGGGGGAACUUCCUGUGAAAACGUUGUGGAGUUUCAGAUAAUCGGCGUCUCGCUGUCUCCAACGGCCCUGCAGACUCUGGGGGAUGCUGAGCUCUCCACCUUCUGCACAUACUCUUUUUACCGGUUCAAGCUGCAUGCCACUCCCGUGGUGACGGGCUUCAACCCCAAAUACAACUUCACCUCCACGUUUGAAUUGAGCAUGGACCAGCACUUACUGGACUACCUGGACAACAGCUCAGUGACGGUGGAGCUGCAUCAGACCCUGCACCUGGACUGGAAGACGCUGGGAAGGGGAGAGAUACGGCUGCAGGAUCUGCUGGGGAGUGAAGGGAGUGUCCGUGGCAGCGUCCUGCUGUUCGGUACAAAGGGGGCGCAGUGUUUGGGCUCCCUGGAAUACUCUAUGAGACUGAAGACCCCUGUGACAAAAACCAAGGGGCCAUUUCCAGAGAUAGCCGCCAGCUCCGCCCACUCACAGCUGCUGCCGUCAGUGACUGACUGCUGGAACCAGCUCUUCGUCACCAUUCGGCGCUGCUCGGACCUUCGCUCCACCCACUCCCAGUUGCCGAGUCCAUACGUGGUUUACAAGUUCUACAGCUUCCCUGACCAUUCCUCUGCCACUGUCCAUGACUGCCGCGACCCUGAGUUCAAUGAUGUCAAGUCCUACUCUGUCUCCAUGGACUCAGACCUGGACCGGUACCUGAGGUCUGAGGAGCUUCAGAUCUCUGUGUUUGACUUCAAAGAGGAGUGGAUGGAGACCUUUGUUGGAAAAGCCGCAGUUUCCCUGCUGCCGCUGGUCAAUGACCAGAACUUCUCUGGUGUGUUUGAGCUGCUGGACUCGUCGGGACGUCCCGCUGGACACAUUGAAGUGCUGCUGAAGUGGAAGCUCACUUAUGUUCCUCCUCCGGGAUCCGUCACUGCAUCCAACUCUAGAUCCAUUCCAGAGAGGAGACGUCCUGAUGAACCAGCAAAUCUGACACCAGAGCCACCAACUGAGAAUAAAGAGAGGACUGACAGAAAGCAGAAUACACACCAGACCGGUUCUGAAACUACAGCUGUUGAGGUGGCGCCAUCGAAACCCACAAAACAAAAGACCCAAAAGGAGGUCAGAGCGUUUGCCAAACGAGUCAAGUUUGUGGAGUCCACAGAUGCAGAAGAGCAGAUCAGAGAUGGAUCUCCUGGUAACGCUACAGAGGAGGAGGAGGAGUCUCACCUCUCUGAGGGUCAACUAAUUGCGAGCGCCCAGUCCUGUUCGGAUGAUUCCGACAUCUCUGAUGAGAUUCCCGAAGAUGCUGUCAAAGCUCCUGCAGCUGCAGACGUUCAGAGAGAAUCGCCUCAGUCUGACAGCGACGACUGCAUCGUCCAGGAUCUGACCACGCAGAAGAAGCUAUUGCCGCGGAUCCGGGUAGAGAUUGUUUCUCUGAGCCUCCAGCCGCGCUCCCGCCUGGCACAAGAUGACUCGGUGGUUCGCCUUUUCGUAGAGUACUCCUUCCUGGACCUCCCCACCGAGGAAACCCCGCUGUCCCUGCCAAAGCCCCCUCCAGGCCGCAGCAUCAACUACAACUACAGCAAAGUAAUCCUUGUGGACACUCAGAGCAAUGCGGCUCGGCGGCGGCUCCUCAAGCAGGUUCUGCAAGGACGGAACCCUCAGAUGGAGAGAAUCCGCUUCACGGUGGUGAGCGAGCCGCCAGAAGAGGAGGAACAAGAGAAGGAGUGUGAGGAUGUGGGCGUGGCCUUCCUGAGAAUACCUGAAAUCCUGGAGAAACAGCAAGAGCUGAUGGAGGUCGACCUGGACGUGUUGGACGUGGAGGACAACGAGGAGGUGCUGGGCCACCUGACUGUGUCUGUGGAGGGGCUGGAGGCCCUGAGGGCCAUCAUGGAGGACAAAGACUGAACCGGCUCAGGACAGAACCUCUGUUGGAGCUGGAACAUCUGCUGAUCCAAACAUAAACAUCUGUAUCACAGAUUCUGGAGUUUCAACAAACAGCCUUCUGAAACCCGAAAAUAAAACAUUUUUAUAUAUGUUUACAA